CAACGUAUAACUGCUGUCAGUUUGUUGAUUUUUCUUACCUUGAUUAAUGCUGAUCGAAUUGCUGAGCAAUUGAAAUCAUCAAAUUACCCUCUUUACCUUCUUAUCUUGAGAGGUUUCUUCAGUGUUCUAUCAGCUACCUUCAAGUUUCAUCUCUUUAUAAUUAUCGACCAAUUUUGCUACCUUUUCAUUAAGAGUGUUUAUUUUUUGAUUUUUCAUGUUUUACCGUUAAAAGUAUAAAUUUAUUUACGCUAAACUGAUUCGAUUGACUAAAUUAGUUAUGGCAGCACUUAAACCUAAAGUUGUCUUCGUUUUAGGACCUCCAGGUUCCGGAAAAGGCACCCAGUGCUCAAACAUAGUAAAGGAAUUUGGAUAUGUUCAUCUUUCAGCUGGCGAUUUACUUCGUGAGGAAAUGUCGGCGGAGGGAUCUGAAUAUGGACAGUUAAUUUCUAAUCAUAUUAAAAAUGGAACUAUUGUUCCGGUAGAGAUAACUUGUUCCCUUUUGGAUAAAGCAAUGGUUAAACACUGUUCUCAAGUCAAUGGUACAGUUGCCGGAGAUGCUUUAAACAGUGGAAAACCUAAAUUUGAAGGAAAUUUUUUGAUCGAUGGAUUUCCCCGUAAUGAAAAUAACCUUGAAGGGUGGAAGAAAGCGAUGAUUGGUAAAGUUGAGGAACGAUUUAUGUUGUUUUUUGAUUGCCCACAAGAAAUAAGCUUAGAAAGAUGUCUUAAACGUGGACAGGCUGGGUCUGGUCGCUCAGAUGAUAAUGAGGAGAGUCUGAAGAAAAGAUUGGUAACCUAUUAUAAUGACACGCUUCCAAUUAUCAAAUACUACGAUUCGCUUGGGUUGGUUCGUCGAAUUAAUGCCUCACCAAGUGCAGAUGAAGUUUAUUCUGAAGUUAGAAAACUAUUCCUUAAUUGAUAAACUUUCCUUGUCAUUUUAGACACCUUCAAUUGAAAUUUCUUUCCGUAUAACAGCUCUCAAAUCUCCAUGAGCUAUUUUCUUAACUAAACUAUUAUCAGUCUCAUGAAACUGAAUAUGUAAAAACUAUUGUUUGUUGUUCAAUUCCCCUUGAAUUUUGUUCUCUAUUAUAUUUUCUUUGUUAAGCUCAAAUAGGAGAAUCACCAUACUGCUACUUUCAUUGUCUUCACUAAUUCAAUUAAUAUGAUGAUUAUCAAUGUCAUCUGUUCUUAUAAUAAGUAAUUGGAUUGACUAGACAAACUCCGCUGACAACUCAAUCUACUUAUUAGUCAUAUCCAUCAAAAUACUUGUCCAACCAUAGCUCAAUUUUAACCUUAAUUGGAUAACUAUCUUUAGCUGCUACUCUAUUCUGAUAUUGAAAUAGAUAUAAUUGUACAGUUUAUAUUAAAUUUCAAUGCUCGAAAUUAGAUACAAUCGCUUUACUAGAUGUUGUAUUUCAUUA